AGAAACAGAUUGCACUAGAAAUUAAAAGUUUAUCUUUCACGUAAGACUCGAAGAAAAUGGCGAGCACUGUGAUGACUACACUGCCUCAGUUCAAUGGUCUUCGAGCCAGCAAGAUCUCUGCAGCUCCAGUUCAAGGCCUGGCAACUGUUGUGCCCAUGAGACGCAAGGGAAAUGGAGCUUUGGGUGCAAAAUGUGACUUCAUUGGUUCAUCAACAAAUCUGAUAAUGGUAACGUCGACGACUCUGAUGCUGUUCGCUGGGAGAUUCGGACUAGCACCAUCAGCCAAUAGGAAGGCAACAGCUGGACUUAAGCUAGAGGCACGUGACUCGGGUCUACAAACGGGUGACCCAGCCGGGUUCACUCUCGCCGACACUUUGGCUUGUGGUACCGUUGGUCACAUCAUCGGAGUUGGAGUUGUCCUUGGUCUCAAAAACAUUGGUGCUAUUUAAACUUGUAGAUUUUUAAAACAAAAUUCUCAAGAACCUGAGGGGAGAUCUAGUCAAUGUUUCAAGUUUUUAUGUUUAUAAUGUUUGACU